UGUGCCGAACGUUUUUAAAUUCACAAAUGGUUUUCGCGACUCGACUCUCGCCUGGGAUUUAAGAUGGCGUCAAGUUUGAGAAUCGAUUAUCGAGAUACCGGUAGCAGAACGAAGCAGAACCAGAACCAGGCAACCGGCACAUAACCUAAAGUGUCAGCUGCACGGUGACGUUAUAGUGACAGGAAAUAUAGGAAUAGAAGUGAAAAUUUGUAAGGAAUCGAUCCAAAAUGACAUCGGGUGAAUCUUGGCCGGAGGUGAGCCAAGCGCGAAAAGAAAACAGGCAUGAAUUGGUCCUUUCCGGGGCCUCCGUGUCGCAGCGGUUAGAAAAGUCGGGGUUGGACAAGGCGAUAUUUAACCUGCACGGGUUAAACUACUUGAACAUAAACGACACGUGCCUCGAUGCGAUACCUGACGAAAUUGGAAAGUUAGAAAACCUCACUAGUCUUGUUCUGCAUUCGAAUAAAAUCGCCAAACUACCGUCGGCCAUCGGAAAAUUGACCAAAUUAAAAGUACUAGACGUGUCCAGAAAUAACCUCGAUUUCGUUCCCGACGAUCUCGGUAACCUGCCUCAGCUAAUGACCCUCAACCUCGGCUUAAAUGCCCUCAAAGAAUUACCAUCUCAGGCCGCUAACAUCAAGUUGAGUAUAUUGGACUUAUCUAACAACGAGUUUGACACGUUUCCUGACGUGUGUUACGCCGAGUUGGUUCACCUCGCUGAAGUCAGAGUGAACGGUAAUAAAAUUAAAGAAAUUCCGUCGACCAUCAGCGCCUUGCAGUCGUUGAAAUUUUUGGAUCUCUCAGAUAACUCGAUAGUAAUUGUACCCAAGGAACUCUCCGACUGCGGUAAAUUGAAGGAAUUGAAUCUGAAGGGAAAUCCCCUCUCGGACAAACGGCUUUAUAAACUUGUAGAUCAGUGUAGGACCAAGCAGGUAUUAGACUAUGUUAGGCAACAUUGUCCCAAGGUUGGCGACGGCUCGGGAGCCCCUGGAAAAUCAAAGAAAGGGAAAAAAGGAAGGAAAUCUUCCGAGUCAAAUGACAGCAACAUCAAUUCUGUUGAAAAAUUGACUCAUAAGCUCAGGGUCUUGAAGGUGAUGGAUGAAACACCUGUUGUACAAAUUACAGAACAUGUUAAAACUGUCAGACCGCACAUAGUUGCUUGCGUUGUGAGAAAUUUGAGCUUCACAGAAGAAAGCUUCAAAAAGUUCAUUCAACUACAAACCAAACUUCAUGAAGGGAUAUGCGAAAAAAGGAAUGCUGCUACGAUAGCAACGCAUGAUUUGGACUUAAUUAAACCUGGAAAUCUGAUGUAUACGGCGAAACCUCCAAAAGAAAUUGAAAUCAAGCCACUGAUGCGUCAAAAGUCGUAUACAGGUGCAGCACUGUUUCAACAUUUACAAACAGAAGCCGAUAACUUGCGAAGAGAAAAGAAGCGCAAUGUUUACUCUGGUAUUCACAGAUAUCUAUACCUUUUGGAAGGUAAGGCACUUUACCCAUGCCUACUGGACAGUUUGAACCAAGUUAUAUCGUUUCCGCCAAUAACAAACAGUGACAUUACCAAAAUGUCUCCCAGCACCAAAGCUAUGUUUAUCGAAGUUACCAGCGCAUCUUCUCAGCAAGUUUGCAGAAAAGUUGCUGACCAAUUUCUUAAUGAACUUGUGAUGCUGGGACUUGGCUGCUCCACGGAAACUGACAGCAGUGAAGAUUACCACAAUUUAUUAGUUGAACAAAUAAAAGUGGUUGAUGUGGAAGGAAAUAUGAAACUAGUAUAUCCAUCAAGAUCAGAUUUGAUUUUUGAAAAUAGUAACAUAACAAUAAUCCGCGAAUGAUGAUACCUACCCGAGACAAACUAGGUACGUACAAAUCUUCAAAUGCACAACCAGUUACUACCAAGAUUUCUAACAUUAAACAUGAAUCGUCUUACAUUGAUAUAAUGGUUACACGAAUUUGUCUAUCUAAAAAUAUAAUGAUUAUUUUAUUAAUUGAUGUUUAUGUUAAUCUAGGCAUGAUUUUUUUUCUCCACAAAAAUUAGAAAAAAGUAAUUAUCACUACAAUAUCUGGUAUAAAGGUGACACGUAGAAACUUCUCAUAAAUUUUAUUUUACUCCGUAGUCAUGAGAAAUUUCUCACUAUGGUCAGAUUAAACUUAGUAGGUAAGCAAUGUAGUUUAUCUCAAGCUGUGGGUGUCAUUCUCUUUUGAAAAUUUUUUCACCUAAAACGAAGCUUUUUUUUUUUCAUGUCGAAACUUUAUUUUAUCCUAUUAGCAAAACGGUUUAUUUUCUUACACUGAUUGCUCGAUCCGAAAUAUGGAAGAAAUGAUGUUUAUGAUUCUGAUUGGUCGUAACAUUCCGAGUAACCAAUCUAUUUGCAAAUUUCACUAUUUUUACUUUCAAUACCACUGUCAAAUACACUGUAAUGACUGGUUUGCGAUACGAAGAUAUUAAGAUUUUUUAUUUUUUUAAAUGAAUAUAUUCCUAAUUCGUAGAGUAAAUGCAUGUUUGACGGAAAAACGGACAAGCGCAGUUGAACAAAAACAUUAAAUCAGGUGAACAAAAUUCAGAAAUUGGAAUUUACACUUUUACACGAUAUGUGUUUAUUUUUUAUUGAAAUAUUUUUUUACAAUUCAACCAAGCAAAAUGUAGGCUUCUUCUGCUGUUUGAGUAUGCAAGACUACUCAAAAAGUACAAUAGUGGUAUCAACUUUUGAUAUGUAUACGUAUAUACAACAUGUGAUUUAAAUUAUAUAUUUAUUUUCCAGUUUCCUAACGCCAUUAUACAUCCUUAUAAUUAAUAAUAGUUCAUUUCUUCCGAAAUAAAUAAAAUUAUGUUUGAAAUUGUCUAUUCAUUUACUUAUUCUUUAAUACGGUAACGUCAAAUUCCCACCUAAACUGUGUCGUUAAAGACAUUUGAGUAACCAUGCGAUGUAUUUAUUUUCAGGCAAUUCAAUCGUAAAUAACAAUUUCUCGGAUAUUUCUUGCAAUUCAAAUCAAUCGCUAAUUGUUACGUCGCGCCACCAUUUUAAAUCGCAGCUGGCGCUCGUAGCACGUCGCGAUGUCUGUUUGGGACUCUUGAUCCCCGAAUAGCCGGCUGUGUUUUUCUGUUUUCUUUCCUCCUACCACAACUUCCGAUUCGCUUUUUUUUCAGCUGGUCAAAUAUUUUUCUUAGUACUGUACGGUGAUCAAAGUUCCUAACAAGUGGUUGACUCUUGUCUAAAAUGCUCGAUAGUUAUAUUAAGAGUCAGUUUACUUCCUAUAUUCUACAGUUUAAGUUAGUUUAUUGUUUGGCGUGAAAAGUUUGCAGUGAUUCUGCAUAUGUUUGAAGUCGUAAAAUGGCGCCCAAACAUGACUGGCCGUGAUGAGGAAAAUCAAGGAUAAAAUUUUAAGGUUAGCUCUCGACAUUUAUUCUUGCUAUUGUAAAUCGUACAUAUACAUACAUUUUUUCACCAUUUAGAUUCACUUUUUCUCGUAUUAUAUUAAGUUCACACCACAUUUAAUCUAACGUUUAUAAACUAAUUUCGGUCAUGUAUAUUUGUGUUAUUACAAAAAAUUUUCAAACUGCAAGCUAAUAAUAUGCUGUAUUUACUCCGAUGAACGCAUAGCUAUGUAAAUCACAUUCUUAUUAGAAUUAAAAUUUAAUAUUACCACUUUUGAAACAAUUUUGAACUUGAUGUUACGUCAUUUUGAUGGGUACAGCA